UUAAAUGUUGUAAUAAAAGCCCAAGAAAAAAGCUAGGUUACCUGGCUUAAAUACACACAAAUAAUAACGAUCAGCCUUGCACAUAUGUACAUCACCUAACAAGCAACGUUUUUCAAUUGCACACCCUGUCAAUUAUCAUCUUAAAUACACACAAAUAAUUGUAUCUAACAAAACCCCACGUUCUCUUCUAGCCCACCAAUCAAUCCCCCGUCUCCGACCAAUUUCCGGCCGAUUUCCGAUGACCGGCGCCGGAGAAACACCAGCAGAGACGACCCAUUUGCUCAAACCCAAGAUACCCAAAGACACAUACCACUUGGCUUACAUAAUUUAUUUUACAAUUGGCGUGGGCUAUUUGUUGCCAUGGAAUGCUUUCAUCACAGCCGUUGAUUACUUUUCCUACUUGUAUCCCAACACCUCUGUUGACCGUACAUUUGCAAUUGUGUAUAUGCUUGUGGGUUUGAUCUGUUUGGUGUUUAUUCUUGCUUAUGCUCAUAAGAGUACUAGUUUUGUGAGGAUUAAUGUGGGGUUUGUGAUGUUUGUGGGGGCACUUGUGGUGGUGCCUUUGAUGGAUGUGGGGUAUGUCAAGGGGAGGGUGGGGGUGUUUGAGGGGUUUUAUGUUGCGGUGGGGGCGGUGGCGGUUUGUGGGAUUGGGGAUGCUUUGGUGCAGGGCUCGAUUAUUGGUGCGGCGGGGGAGAUGCCUGAGAGGUAUAUGCAGGCUGUUGUGGCGGGCACUGGAGUUUCGGGUGUUCUGGUUUCUCUUCUUAGAUUAUUGACCAAAGCGAUCUAUCCCCAAGAUGCCCAUGGUCUGAGGAAAAGUGCAAACCUGUAUUUUCUGGUCAGCAUUGCCGUGAUGAUAAUCUGCAUUGUCGCAUACAACGUCGUCCAUAAACUUCCAGUGAUCAAAUACUAUAAUGAUCUCAAACUACAAGCUGUAGAUGAAGAGAAAGAAGACAAACGUGCUUCAACUAGUGUAUUGUGGGGAUCGCCGUUGUGGGACAUUGUUGGUACAGUGAAGUGGUAUGGAUAUGGAAUUCUUGCCAUUUAUGUCAUGACUUUGUGUAUUUUUCCUGGAUACAUUACAGAGGAUGUGCAUUCCUAUAUCCUCAACGACUGGUACCCAAUCCUCCUCAUUACAGGCUACAACGUGUUUGAUCUAGUUGGCAAGUCCUUGACUGCAAUUUAUAUGCUUGAAAAUGCUAAAGUGGCAAUAGGUGCCUCCUUUGCUAGGCUUGUGUUUUUGCCCCUCUUCUAUGUUUGCUUGCACGGACCUCAAUUCUUCCGAACAGAGAUUCCGGUGACAGUGCUUACAUGUCUAUUAGGCCUUACAAAUGGGUACUUGACUAGUGUACUAAUGAUCUUGGGUACCAAAACUGUCCUGGUACAACACGCUGAAACUGCAGGAAUAGUGCUUGUGAUUUUCUUGGUCACUGGUUUGUUCAUUGGUUCGGCCGUAUCUUGGUUUUGGGUCAUAUGAACUCUUUUAAGGUGGCAAAAAUUUCAGGUGGCCAUUUCUGACGCAAACUACUGCUAUUUCAACUGUAAAGCAUUUAUCAACAGAACCAAUUUUAGGUCUCUGUAAACAUUCUGAAAUGUUUUAGUUUAUAUUCAUGCAUUGUAAACCAUAUAUAUGGUCAUGCCAUAUGUUAAAACGUUGUGUAUUGUGCAAUGUACAGGAAUGACACUUUUGAUCUUAGUAGCA